UGUGCGGGCGGAAUUUGUAUUUUUUAAGUAGCGAGUACGCACGCAUUCGGCGAUAUCGAGUAUCGCUCACGUGAUGCGAUCGGUUGUUAAGUUUGACCUUGCAUCUUUUGCACCGGAUGUUUAAGUAAAAAGAUACGAAUAAAGUCUGGUAUAAUAUGUCGCUAUUUCUACCUCCGAUGUGUUAAAAAAUAAGUAUGUAGUAAUGUUGGGUAAAACGGUGUUCGUUACAGUCGGGACGACAAAAUUCGAUGAUCUUGUAAAUACCGUGUUAAAUCGUGCAGUUCUAGAGGCUCUGUCAGCACGUGAUUACAGACGUCUGAUUUUGCAAACUGGCAACAGCAGCAUUGAACCAGAUUGCAGCGCACGUUGCGGUUUUCACAGCAUAGAAAGCUUUAAAUUGAGCCCAUCCAUCGGAAAAUACAUGCGAUCAGCUGAUCUCGUGAUAAGUCACGCUGGUGCAGGCAGCGUACUGGAAGCUUUGGAAAAUGGCAAACACCUGAUUGUAGUUAUCAAUGAUCUUCUUAUGGACAAUCAUCAAGUAGAAUUGGCAGAACAACUGCAUAAGGAUGAACAUUUAUACUACUGUACCUGUCCAGAUCUAUCACGCACUGUACAAACGAUGGAUUUGACAAAGUUAAAGCCAUUUGUCAAUAACAAAAGUGUAAAUAUAGCUAAUUUUAUCGAUAAGAUAAUGGGAUUUAGGUGAUGAUGUUGGAGUAGUUUUGUUUUUCAACA